UUGUUUUUAGCCAUGAUUUUUCAGUUUCUUGGUUUGCUUUUUCAUGCUCCAUUAGGCUAUGCAGCUGCAGAAGAUCUCGACUUCACCUACAACGGGUUCCACUCAACAAACUUGAGUCUUGAUGGAAUAGCAGAGUUCACAUCAGAUGGUUUGUUAAGGCUAACAAAUGCUUCUCAAUUGCAGGAGGGUCAUGCUUUUUAUCCUAGACCUAUCAAUUUCAUGAAUUUAGCAUCUAAUGGUUCAGAUUUCUCUUUCUCAACCACAUUUGUCUUUGCCAUAGUGCCUGAGUACUCGAUUUUAGCUGGUCAUGGCAUGUCUUUUGUGAUUGCACCAGCUAGAAGGCUUCCAGAAGCACUUCCAAGCUCUUAUCUUGGCUUGUUUAAUGAUUCUAGUAAUGGAAAUGCCACCAGCCAUGUUGUUGCGGUGGAAUUUGACACGCUACAGAACCGUGAGUUUGAUGAUAUUGACAGCAACCAUGUUGGCAUUGACAUCAAUGGCCUAAAAUCUGUAAUAGCCAAGCCGGCCGGUUAUUAUAACAGUAAUGAGCAAUCCUUCAAUAACUUAACUCUAGCUAGUGGCCAGCCAAUGCAAGUUUGGGUGGAAUAUGAUUCUGUGGAUAAGCAUAUGAAUGUCACAAUAGCUCCACUGCACGUUGCAAAACCAGACCGUCCUCUCCUGUCCUUAGUCUACGAUCUUUCAUCUGUCACGGAUGAAAACGUGUCUGUUGGCUUCUCAGCAUCCACCGGUGCAGUUGUUUCAACACAUUAUAUCCUUGGAUGGAGCUUCAAAUCGAAUGGAAUGGCUCAAGGACUUGAUCUCUCUCAACUUCCUAAGCUUCCUCGAGUAGUACCUAAGAAAGAAUCCAAGCUUUUAUUGCUUGGCUUGCCCGUGAUUUCUUCAGUUUCAUUUGUGAUUGUAGUCCUGGUAAUAAUUUAUUACAUAGGAAAGAAGAUGAAGUUUGCUGAAUUGCAAGAAGAGUGGGAGCUUGAUUAUGGACCACACAGGUUCAAGUACAAGGAUUUGUACACUGCCACAAAGGGCUUUAGCAGCAAGGAUUUGUUGGGAUCCGGCGGAUUUGGUAGAGUCUACAGAGGGGUAUUGCCCAUAUCCAACAUUCAGAUAGCAGUCAAGAGGGUCUCUCAUGAAUCAAGACAAGGGAUGAGGGAAUUUGUUUCAGAAAUUGUUAGUAUUGGCCGGCUACGUCACAGGAAUUUAGUACCACUUUUGGGUUAUUGCAGGCGUAAAGGAGAGUUACUUCUGGUUUACGAAUGCAUGCCUAACGGAAGCCUAGACAAGUAUUUGUUUGACAAACCAAGCUGCACUCUUGAUUGGAACCAAAGAUUUCGAGUCAUCAAAGGCGUAGCAUCAGGACUAGUCUAUCUUCAUGAAGAGUGGGAACAAGUAGUGAUUCAUAGAGAUAUAAAAGCGAGUAACGUGUUGUUAGAUGUUGAAUUAAAUGGAAGAUUAGGAGAUUUUGGGCUAGCAAGAUUGUAUGAUCAUGGGACAGAUCCUCAGACUACGCAUAUUGUUGGAACUAUCGGAUACCUUGCCCCAGAGCAUACAAGAACAGGCAAAGCCACAACUAGCACUGAUGUAUAUUCAUUUGGAGCAUUUUUACUUGAGGUGGCUUGUGGGAGAAGGCCAAUAGAUCAAAGGGUAUCAGAUGAGGACCUCGUUUUGGUUGACUAUGUAUUCUCUUGUUGGACUAGAGGUGAUAUUCUUGAAGCCAUUGAUCCAAACUUGGGCAAUAACUAUGUAAAAGAAGAGAUUGAGUUGGUACUAAAACUUGGACUAUUGUGCUCUCAGACAGAACCAGCAGCUAGGCCAAAUAUGAGGCAAGUGUUGAUGUACUUGGAAAAUGCCCUGCCUUUGCCAGAGUUAUCACUGAUGCAAACUUCAAAUAUUAGCUUAACUUUUGCAGGCUUUGAUCAUUCUGCAAUGUCAUGGUCUUCUUCUGUUACUGACUCCCUUCUCUCUGGUGGUCGAUGA